GGGGAAGUGAGAUCAAAUUACACACAGAAACAACACAGAAACAAAAGAAAUGGGUGUGAAAAGAACAUCAUCGUUGGUUUUGUACACUCUCUUUGUCUUUCUUCUUCUGCACCAUUUUCAUUCCGUGAGUUCAUCACGACCUUCCUCAGUUGGUACGAACCACGAGGCUCUUCCUUUGAAUGACGACUCAUUAAAGUCAGACGUUGUUGGGUUGGAAGGAAAGGCUCUGGAAUUAGCUGUCGUCAUCAAAAAAGGAGGCGGUGGUGGAGGACGUGGCGGCGGUGGCAGCAGGGGAGGUGGCAGGAGUAAAAGCCCUAGCCGGCCAUGGAUUCCGGUUUAUACGGGUCGUAGUGGGUCGGUAGGAUCGCAUAGAUCAAGCGGCAAUAGGAAUCUUCAAGGAACAGCGCGUGCGGUCGGUUGGUUAGCUUUAUCAUCAGUGUUAACCGGCUUAUUCUUGGUUCAGUAGUUGCCAGAGUAUUUGUUUGCCAUUUAAUUUAUUGAUUUUAUAACGUUUACAUUUAAUGUGCGAUCUGGUCUGGUCUGAAAUUUAUUUGGGCCCAACUGUAAGUAAGGUCUGCAUUGUAAUUUUUUUUUUUUUGAUAGGGCAUUGUAAAUUUAUUGUAGAAAGCAAUCCUUAGCCUUGAUGUGUAAUUAUUUUUUUAGUAUAGCGUUUGUAAAGGGAGAAAUAAAAUAUAUUGUGUAGUUUUAAACUUAAA